UGCUGGGCUGUUGGAGAGCUCGAGCUGCAAGCCGCGGAGCUCGAGCGCGAGCGCGGCGCGCCGGCCGGGGAACCCCAGAGCGCACGGCACCCCAAGCUGGCAGGCUCCGCGGGGCCCCCUACCCUCGCCGGCUGCCCCUCCCCGGGCGCCCCCACCGUCCUCGCCAGCGGGAGCUCCUGGGCUUCCCACGAGAAGCUCACCCCAAGGAGCCCGAACCCCGGCGAGCCCGCCACCGUCCCCUCCAGCGCCGCCGCAGCCGCUGGAGCAGCAUGGUCCAGCUGGGGAAGCUGCUCCGCGUCCUGACUUUGAUGAAGUUCCCCUGCUGCGUGCUGGAGGUGCUCCUGUGCGCGCUGGCGGCGGCGGCGCGCGGCCAGGAGAUGUACGCCCCGCACUCCAUCCGGAUCGAGGGGGACGUCACCCUUGGGGGGCUGUUCCCGGUGCACGCGAAGGGUCCCAGCGGAGUGCCCUGCGGCGACAUCAAGAGGGAGAACGGGAUCCACAGGCUGGAAGCGAUGCUCUAUGCCCUGGACCAGAUCAACAGCGAUCCCAACCUGCUGCCCAACGUGACGCUGGGCGCGCGGAUCCUGGACACUUGUUCCAGGGACACUUACGCGCUCGAACAGUCGCUCACUUUCGUCCAGGCGCUCAUCCAGAAGGACACCUCCGACGUGCGCUGCACCAACGGCGAGCCUCCAGUUUUCGUCAAGCCGGAGAAAGUAGUUGGAGUGAUUGGGGCUUCGGGGAGUUCGGUCUCCAUCAUGGUAGCCAACAUCCUGAGGCUUUUCCAGAUCCCCCAGAUUAGUUAUGCAUCAACGGCACCCGAGUUAAGUGAUGACCGGCGCUAUGACUUCUUCUCUCGUGUGGUCCCUCCCGAUUCCUUUCAAGCCCAGGCCAUGGUAGACAUCGUAAAAGCCCUGGGUUGGAAUUACGUGUCUACUCUUGCAUCAGAAGGAAGUUACGGAGAGAAAGGUGUGGAAUCCUUCACCCAGAUAUCCAAAGAGGCAGGUGGGCUCUGCAUUGCCCAGUCCGUGAGAAUCCCCCAGGAACGCAAAGACAGGACCAUUGACUUUGACAAAAUUAUCAAGCAGCUCCUGGACACCCCCAACUCCAGGGCCGUCGUCCUUUUUGCCAACGAUGAGGAUAUCAAGCAGAUCCUUGCAGCAGCCAAAAGAGCUGACCAAGUAGGCCACUUCCUCUGGGUGGGAUCAGACAGCUGGGGAUCCAAAAUCAACCCGCUGCACCAGCAUGAAGACAUCGCAGAAGGAGCCAUCACCAUUCAGCCCAAGCGAGCAACUGUGGAAGGGUUUGAUGCCUAUUUUACAUCCCGCACACUUGAAAACAACCGAAGAAACGUAUGGUUUGCCGAAUACUGGGAGGAAAACUUCAACUGCAAGCUGACGAUUAGUGGGUCAAAGAAGGAAGACACAGACCGCAAGUGCACAGGACAGGAGAGAAUUGGGAAAGACUCCAACUAUGAGCAGGAGGGUAAAGUUCAGUUUGUGAUUGACGCAGUGUAUGCGAUGGCUCACGCCCUUCACCACAUGAACAAGGAUCUCUGUGCUGACUACCGGGGUGUCUGUCCAGAGAUGGAGCAGGCUGGGGGCAAGAAGUUGUUGAAGUAUAUCCGCAAUGUGAAUUUCAAUGGUAGCGCGGGCACCCCAGUCAUGUUUAACAAGAAUGGGGAUGCCCCUGGGCGUUACGACAUCUUCCAGUAUCAGACUACGAACACCUCCAACCCCGGCUACCGACUGAUCGGACAGUGGACAGAUGAACUGCAGCUCAACAUAGAGGACAUGCAAUGGGGUAAGGGAGUGCGGGAGAUCCCCGCCUCUGUGUGCACGAUGCCCUGCAAGCCUGGGCAAAGAAAGAAGACGCAGAAGGGAACUCCUUGCUGCUGGACCUGUGAGCCCUGCGAUGGCUACCAGUACCAGUUCGAUGAGAUGACAUGCCAGCAUUGCCCCUACGACCAGCGGCCCAAUGAAAACCGAACUGGCUGCCAGGAUAUCCCCAUCAUCAAACUGGAGUGGCACUCGCCUUGGGCUGUCAUCCCCGUCUUUCUUGCCAUGCUGGGGAUCAUCGCCACCAUAUUUGUCAUGGCCACAUUCAUCCGCUACAACGAUACUCCCAUCGUUCGGGCGUCCGGGCGGGAACUGAGCUACGUUCUGUUGACGGGCAUCUUUCUCUGCUACAUCAUCACCUUCCUGAUGAUAGCCAAACCCGAUGUGGCGGUGUGUUCUUUCCGGAGAGUUUUCUUGGGCUUGGGUAUGUGCAUCAGCUAUGCAGCCCUCUUGACCAAAACCAAUCGGAUUUACCGCAUAUUUGAACAGGGCAAGAAAUCAGUGACAGCCCCCAGACUCAUAAGCCCAACGUCACAGCUGGCGAUCACUUCCAGUUUAAUAUCAGUUCAGCUUCUCGGCGUUUUCAUAUGGUUCGGUGUUGACCCACCUAACAUCAUCAUAGACUAUGAUGAACACAAGACGAUGAACCCCGAGCAGGCCCGGGGGGUUCUCAAGUGUGACAUUACGGACCUACAGAUCAUCUGCUCCCUGGGAUAUAGCAUCCUUCUCAUGGUCACGUGCACUGUGUAUGCCAUCAAGACUCGGGGUGUCCCAGAGAACUUUAAUGAAGCCAAGCCCAUCGGAUUCACCAUGUACACGACAUGUAUAGUUUGGCUUGCCUUCAUUCCCAUUUUUUUUGGCACCGCUCAAUCAGCGGAAAAGCUCUACAUACAAACCACCACGCUUACAAUCUCCAUGAACCUAAGUGCAUCAGUGGCGCUGGGGAUGCUAUACAUGCCGAAAGUGUACAUCAUCAUUUUCCACCCUGAACUCAAUGUCCAGAAACGGAAGCGAAGUUUCAAGGCAGUGGUCACGGCAGCCACCAUGUCAUCACGGCUGUCGCACAAGCCCAGUGACAGACCCAACGGUGAGGCCAAGACAGAGCUUUGUGAAAACGUAGACCCAAACAACUGUAUACCACCAGUAAGAAAGAGUGUACAAAAGUCUGUUACUUGGUACACUAUACCACCAACAGUAUAGCUUUUGCCUGCCUUCCAAAAGGCCCUGCUGCAAAAAAGAAGUAUGUCAGUUAUAAUAACCUGGUUAUCUAACCUGUUCCAUUCCAUGGAACAACGGAGGAGAACAACCCUCAGUUAUUUUGUCAUCCAACCUGGCAUUGGGCUCUUUUGGUCCAGCCUGCUGCCCAUCACCGGAGGAGCAUCCCCGGCCAGGAGACCAACGGUAGAGGAUCCAAGUGUCCUACACAGCUGCUUUAUGAAAUAUUCUUACUUUAUCUUGGCUUAAUAAGUCACUGGCAUCAGCACUGCCAACUCGGCUGCAACUCUGGACUUUCCCUACCAAAGGGAGCAUUGAGACUCAAGUCCCACCCAGGCUCUUGAGGUUGAACCCCUUGAGAGCCUCAAUGACCGUUUUGGGGGCUGCCCAGUCUUUCUACGUCUGUACUUCCAGGCUGCAAGGUUUUGAAAUUUUCUGUACAGUUUGUGAGGACUUUUGCACUUUGCCAUCCAAUGUUGUACCUCGGUUCACUGUUUUGUUUUCGAAUGCCCUGUUUUCAUAGAACCCUAUUCUUUCAGAUGGCGGGAUCUUUGGGGAAAACUUUGAAACAAUUAAAAUUUUAAAAGGCUCUCGGCAGACUAAAAAGGAAAAACGUAUGUACAUGACUGUAAAAUUAUGAUUAUAGUACCGCUGCAAAUCAUGUUAUUUUUUUUAAGACAAAAAAAAAAGAUAUUUAAAGACCAAAAACUGUGCUGAGAAAAGUAUACCCUACCUGUCUUUGGUAUGAGAUAGGUCACAAGGGAAAACGGUAUUGGCUGAACGGAAUAGAGGUCUUGAUCUUGGGAAUGCAUGCCAGUAAUGUGUUUUUACAGUACACGUUACUCAAUUAUGUUCAAUAUUUGUAUUUGUGUUCCCUUUUGUUACUUUACUUAGGAUAUGGGUAUUUUGCAAUAAUUUUAAUAAUGAUUAAACUAUUUGAAGGAAAGAAUAUGGAUUUUUCAAGUCUUGAGGUUUGGUUCAUGCCCCCCUAUGACUGAUCAGUGUGAUAAGGACUUUAAAAAAAGAGCAUGUAUGUUUUUUACUGUUUGUAAGAAGUACUUUCGUUAAUCCUGCUGCUCAUGUGCCAAUUUAGUGGAGAAACACCCUUGCUGAAAAAUCCCCCUUUCCAUUCUCUUUCAAUUCUGUGAUAUUGUCCAAGAAUGUAUCAAUAAAAUACUUUGGUUAACUUUUUUA